CAAGCGAAGCGGUUGCAAUCUGAGCUUGAGGGAGCGCGCAAUCUAGUCGAGCAGCUUGUCUCUCUAUCCAGGUCGCUUGAUGGCACUGCCUUCCGCAUCAACCAGCUCAAGCAUCGUCGAGGAAAGAAGCUGCCUGAGGAUGAACUGCGAAUAGUUCUUCAUUGUCUCGAGUUAUGCCGUGAGGAGAAAACAAAUGGCAGGACUAUCUCAACAGCGGAUCCAUUUUUGCGAAUGUCCACAGCUUUUUGCGUCUUCUGGCUUCUGAUCUUCACCAACGGGCUGCUGAACUGAACCUAUCUGGACGUGUUGCCACUCUUAAUCGGCUUCAUAAGUUUGUCAAAAACACCUAACCGAGUGAUUACCCCAUUCCAAAUCGAGGGACUAUUAGGAAGAUGAUGUGUUCUAUGGGGUUUCAGUACAAAGACUUCGGAAAGACUAAGAACUUUGUUGAUACACUUGAGAUACAGAAGCUAAGGCACAAGUAUCUCAAACGACGGCACUCAGAAGAGUUUAAAGAUGCAGUAUUUGUAUGGCUUGAUGAGUCUUAAUGCAAUCAGCAUCAUGUCAGUAAAGGUCUGUUUCAUUCAUGUUCGUGUUCGCAUUCGCGCCUGUGUUUGUGUUUGUGUUCGUG